AUGAAAGUGACCCUCUUCUAUUCUAUAUUUCUCCUUUACGUCUUCCCACAGGCCCAUGUAAAGAACCAGCAACCCGCGCCUCAGGAGUUGAUUAUUGUCCACUUUAGGAACUCCCUUGGCUCGAUAACCACACCCCUACUCACCUCACCUCUCUCUUUCGCAAUCGCACCUCUGUCGCGGGAUCCUAAGCCACCGCUGAAUACACAUAUUUCUCGCCCUCGUCCUAUUUCGCGCUUACGAUUACCAUGUCUGUCGAAAUUGACCCCCCCCGAGCUGGGCUUCAAACGCCCCUUCAACCAGGAAGUAUGCCAGGUCCUGCGUUUGCGCAACGCCGGUCAGGACUCGGUUGUCUUCAAGGUCAAAACCACUGCCCCCAAGCACUACUGUGUGCGCCCUAACUCCGGCCGUAUCGAGCCCGGCCGGGCUGUCGAGGUCCAAGUCCUGUUGCAGGCUCUGAAGGAUGAACCUGCUACCGACGCGAAGUGCAAGGACAAGUUCCUGGUCCAGUCUGUGGCUGUUACGCCUGAUAUGGAACACGCCAACGUGACCUCAAUUUUUGAAAGAUCCCCCAAGUCUGCCGUGGUAGAGCGCAAGAUUCGUGUGACUUGGCUCGCUGCGGAUGCUACUCUGCCUGAAUCAAAGGGUAACGACUCGGUCCUGGACGACGAGCCUCCUGCUUACAACUCUCCCGGUGGAAACUUCGAAACACCUGCUCCUGUCGCCAAGAAAUCCGAGCAACUGUCCCCCGUUCCCGCCCCCGAUUUCUCCGAGAAGCCCAAGUCUGAGUCGCCCCAGCCCUCCGAACCCGCCACUACAUUUUCGAACGCCAAGGCUGCUGUGGCCAGCGUGAUUCCUUCGAGCGAUGAAUUGAAGGCGCAGCUCGCAGAUGCCAAUGCACAGAUCCAACGGCUGAAGGACCGACUGGCAGAUCAGGGUCUGCGACAGCGCAAGACAGGCGGCGAUGCCAAAGCAGCUCCGGCAGCCAUGCAACAAUCGCACCAACAAACCGAGUCCGGCGUACCGGUGCAGAUGGUUGCUGGGCUUUGCCUGAUCAGCUUCCUCAUCGCCUACUUCUUCUUUUAA